UGCACAGUCACACUCGUGUAUCAAACGUUGAGCGAAGUGGUUAAGGUUAAAGUCAUUAGAUAUUUUCUAUAUUUGAUUUGUGAGAUUGCUUUAAAAUGGCUUGUUGUAAGGGGCCAGGGUACGCGACUCCCUUAGAAGCGUUCAAAAAUGGUGAAAGAGAAAAGCUUUUGUACGUGGUCUGUGUGCAGCCUGACGCCACUAAACAAGAUUAUCUUGCAACUGUCGACGUAGAUCCAGAAUCCUCCACUUAUAGCCAGGUUAUUCACCGCACAUACACUGGAAGUGUUGGUAAUGAAUUGCAUCACAGCGGAUGGAAUGUAUGCUCCAGCUGUCACGAUAACCCGGAGUUGAAAAGAGACCUUCUCAUAAUGCCCGCGCUACAUUCUUCCAAUGUAUUUGCAGUCGAUGUGGGUACUGAUCCUAGAAAACCAGAGAUACACAAGGUGAUUGAUGGCUCUGAAUUGAAAUCGGUGAACUGCGCGUAUCCUCACACGGCUCAUUGCCUCGCAGACGGCAAUAUUAUGAUUUCAACUAUGGGAGAUAAAAAUGGCAACGGAAAGGGUGAUUUUGUGCUCAUCGAUGCUAAGACUUUAAAAGUAACAGGUACAUGGACAAUAGGUGAUAAACGUGCAAAGUUUGGUUAUGAUUUUUGGUAUCAACCAUACCACGAUGUGAUGGUCGCAUCUGAAUGGGGCAGUCCCAAAAGCUUUACACGCGGUAUGCGUGAAGAAGAUAUUCCCAAUAGAGAUUUGUACGGAGUUUCUCUCAAUUUUUACAAGUGGUCUACUCGUGAACUGAUGCAAGUGAUAGACUUAGGUGAUGAAGGUUGUGGUCCUCUUGAGAUCAGGUUCCUUCAUGAGCCAAAGUCCUCUCAGGGUUUUGUAGGAUGCGCAGUGCAAGCUAACGUGUUUAGUUUCAACAUAACUUCGGAUGGUACUUGGAAAGCGAAAAAAGUUAUUGACAUUCCAGCUAAAACUGUCAAGAAAGAUGGCAAGGAAUUCAAAUUGGAUGGUUUGAUGUCUGAUAUACUCUUAUCAUUGGAUGAUAAAUAUUUGUACACUUCAUGUUGGUUGCACGGUGACAUUCGACAGUAUGACAUCACCGAUCCUGAUCACCCGAAAUUAACAGGCCGUAUUGUCCUGGGCGGUAAAAUUAUCAAUGAUGGUCUAACUGUUGUUGAAGACAAAGAAUUCCAGGAAACGUCACCAGAACCGAUUUACGUUAAGAACAGGCGUUUGUACGGAUCACCCCAGAUGAUCCAACUGUCUUUGGACGGCAAACGAAUGUAUGUAUCAUCGUCCCUCUACUCCCCUUGGGAUAAGCAACUUUAUCCUGAAAUGGUACAAAAGGGUGGAUGGAUAGUCAAGCUCGAUGUGGAUAUAGAAAAUGGUGGCUUGAAAUUGGAUCCAGAUUUCCUCAUAGAUUUUGGAUGUGAGCCAAAUGGACCGGUGCUGGCUCAUGAGAUGAGAUAUCCUGGUGGGGAUUGCACAUCAGAUAUAUGGCUAGCGAAAGACUAAAACUUGAAAUAAAACUUUUGUAAUCUACAUAUAUUUUACUAAUAUUGAUUGUUAAAUUGCAUAUACCUUUAUUAAACGUGUUUAAAGAAAUACAAUUUUAUAAAACAUA